AUGAAUUACCUAGGCGACUACUGCGAUGUAUACCUGACUCAUGAUUCGAUGAGUGUGCGGAAGGCGCAUAAUUCAGGUCGCAAUCAUUUACGAAAUGUCGUCGAAUAUUAUCAAGAAAUUGGUCAUGAGAAAGCACAGUCUGUUAUCGAUUCUAUAACAAAUUCAUAUGCGGCUGAAGGCCAGGCAAGCUCGAAUCCCAUGCUUCAACAACCUGGCGCACCCGGCGCAUACCCCCCACCAGCUUUCGGUUUCCCAGGACGGCCGGGAAUGCUGCCGCCCCCACCACCGUUCGGCAUGCCCGGUGCGCCUCCCGGAGCACCCCCUGGAGGAAUGAUUCCACUCCCAGGAGGUCGUGGCAUGCCUCCCUUCCCACCACCACCCCCCUUCGGAGGCACGUCGGGCGGACCCCCUAUGCCAGGCGACCUACCACCUCCACCACUCCCCAACAUGCCGUCAGGCAACAUCCCUUUUCCCCCUCCAAACGGCUUCCCUCCUAACUUCCAAUUCCCCCCACCCGGUGCAGCAGGCUUUCCUCCGCCACCCAUCCCAGGCCAAGGGCAAACGCAAAGCACAAGCCCCGGUCCAGGGGCGACAGGUACCCCAGUUCCGCCCCCUGGUUUUCCGUUACCCGGUGCUCCACCCCUUGGGCAGUCUGCAGGGAUAACCCCGCCGCCUGGGGUGCCGCAAAAGCCAGCAUCAUCGCCGGGGCCAAGUCAAGAAGGGAAAUGACCCGAGGCACUUGGGCUUUUGUUUGUAUUUCCUGUACGAAAAUAUGUGCAUGUAUCAUGUAUUCCCCCAAAAUCAUUAUUUUAUUUUUUUUGCUUCUUUUUUUGUUGUUCUGCAACCAUAUACAACUCGUCACUGACGUGCUGUUCUUUUCCUUGCUUCUUCCUGUUUUUUUGUCCCUUAAUCCUUUACAUUCUAGAGUAAUGGAGCCUUCCUUUUUAAAAUUAAAUCAAGUUAAAUC